UCGAGCCCCUGCCACGCCUCCCACCGCCUCCCGGCGAUGCCGGAGUCGGGAGGCUGGACGACUAUAAAGCUGGUGGCGAGGGUAGGCGCCGCACCCUGCGCCUUCGUGGCUCUCUUCCUUCCUUCUGCCGUCGCCUGGUCACCUUUGGUGCCUGAAAGAGGAAACAGUGACAGACCUGGAGACUGAAGUUCCUUGUCCCUCACACAGCUCUUUCACCAUGCCUGGGUCACUUCCUUUGAAUGCAGAAGCCUGCUGGCCAAAAGAUGUGGGAAUUGUUGCCCUGGAGAUCUAUUUUCCUUCUCAAUAUGUUGAUCAAGUCGAGUUGGAAAAGUACGAUGGUGUAGAUGCUGGAAAGUAUACUAUUGGCUUGGGCCAGGCCAAGAUGGGCUUCUGCACGGAUAGAGAAGAUAUCAACUCCCUUUGCCUGACUGUGGUUCAGAAUCUGAUGGAGAGAAAUAACCUUUCCUAUGAGUGCAUCGGGCGGCUCGAAGUAGGAACAGAGACAAUCAUCGACAAAUCAAAGUCGGUGAAGACCAAUCUGAUGCAGCUCUUCGAGGAGUCGGGGAACACGGACAUAGAAGGCAUAGACACCACGAAUGCCUGCUAUGGCGGCACGGCCGCCCUCUUCAACGCCGUGAACUGGAUCGAGUCCAGCUCAUGGGAUGGACGGUAUGCCCUGGUGGUUACAGGAGAUAUUGCUGUAUAUGCCACAGGAAACGCUAGACCUACCGGUGGAGUCGGAGCCGUUGCUAUGCUCAUUGGGCCAAAUGCUCCUUUAAUUUUUGACCGAGGACUUCGUGGGACACACAUGCAACAUGCCUAUGACUUUUACAAGCCAGACAUGCUUUCGGAAUAUCCCACAGUAGAUGGGAAACUCUCCAUCCAGUGCUACCUCAGUGCCUUAGACCGCUGCUACUCUGUCUACCGCAAAAAGAUCCGUGCCCAGUGGCAGAAAGAGGGAAUUGAUCAAGAUUUCACCUUGAACGAUUUUGGCUUUGUGAUCUUCCACUCCCCCUACUGCAAGCUGGUUCAGAAGUCUCUAGCCCGGAUGAUGCUGAAUGACUUUCUAAAUGACCAGAACAGAGAUAAAAACAGUAUCUAUAGUGGCCUGGAAGCCUUUGGAGAUGUUAAAUUAGAAGAUACCUACUUUGAUAGAGAUGUUGAAAAGGCAUUCAUGAAGGCUAGUUCUGAACUCUUUCAUCAGAAAACAAAGGCAUCUUUGCUCGUAUCGAAUCAAAACGGAAAUAUGUACACGUCCUCUGUGUACGGCUCCCUUGCCUCUGUCCUAGCACAGUACUCGCCGCAGCAGCUGGCAGGAAAGAGGAUCGGCGUGUUCUCUUACGGUUCUGGCUUGGCCGCCACCCUGUAUUCCCUGAGAGUCACACAAGAUGCCACACCAGGGUCUGCUCUUGAUAAAAUAACAGCAAGUUUAUGUGAUCUUAAAUCAAGGCUUGACUCAAGAACUUGUGUGACACCAGCUGUCUUUGCUGAAAGCAUGAAGCUCAGAGAGGAUACUCAUCACCUGGCCAACUAUAUUCCCCAGAGUUCGAUCGAUUCACUCUUCGAAGGAACGUGGUACCUGGCCAGAGUGGAUGAAAAGCACAGGAGGACGUACGCCCGGCGCCCCUCUCCCAGCGCCGACACGUUGGGUGAAGGAGCGGGGCUUGUGCAUUCCAGCGCAGCGGCCGAGCACAUUCCAAGUCCUGCUAAGAAAGUGCCAAGGCUCCCGGGAACGGCGGCAGACCCGGAGGCAGCUGUCAUUAGCAACGGGGAGCACUGAGGACUUCUGUGUGGGGAGACUCCGCUGUGGGUUGGGUGGGGCUGGGUGUGUGUGGGAACUGCUGGGACCGGGGUGUCUGGGGGCAAUAUUAAAGGAUUACAUGUCGCUUAAAAUUUUAUAUGACUGACACAGAACCUGGAAAACUGUCGUGUUCUUGGGGAAGUCUCUUCGCUCAGUUUGCUGAUGUACUUCCUGUUGUGAUCUAGCCAAUGCUCAAUGUACUCAAAGGAUGUUAAGGGCUCUGUGAAACUUCAUACCUCUGGCCGUUCAUGUGCAUGAGCUUAGUUUUUAAAUGUGGUUCAAUGGAUCGUGUGCUUUUGGCAGGAAAGAGCAGAGAUACUGGUCUUUAAUUUUAAUUGUUUUGAACAUGUUAAGAAUUUUAUACUUUGAACAAACAAGAUUACUGAAGGUACCUGUGGUUUUUGAAGAAAGUUUCUAGUUUAGGAAUGUGUUCUAACGUGUGACAUGAACAAACCCCAUUUGAAAAUGGCAAGACAAGCGUUCUUUUUCUGAACUUUGUACAUUCUGAAGAGAGAGAAGAGUUGGGGCGAUAGCACUGGUCCUGGACAUGGGAGCGCGGCCUCAGACCCCGGCCCGUGCGACGAGGGGUCGGUGUGGCCUGUGCGCGGCCUGUGCGCAGAGAGGCGGGCGCCGAGCGGGCGCUGGGUGCGCGGGCUGUGGGUGGAGCGUGGGCCUGCCCCGGAGCCCGUGCGCCGGGUUAGCUGCGCUGUGGGAGGCUGGGUAAGAGGGGGUUUGUGGCCGCAAUCCUUUGUACUUUAUUUUGAAAAAUAAAUAAACCAUUUUUCUGGCUGCCUUUUAAAAAUUUUAAAAAGGAAGGAUGGGACAAGGCCUUAUUAGGUUACUUCUGAUGCUUCAGUGUUACGAAUUCAACCUAAAGACUGACAACCUAAAUUCAUGAUAGAAGUAUUUUUUUCCUUUUUUUAAAAAAAAUUGUUUAGUGAAAAUAAAAAGGUAGCACCCAUGUUUUUACAUACUUUGACCAGCCAAAACAAGUAUUCCACUUCAAGAUCUGCAAGUAGGAUCAAUAAAGCGUUUUCUCAGACUUUCACCUUGAAAACACUAUCACAUGGUGUGAAUGACACUGGUUAGACAGUUCUGUAGAUAUUUUUGGUGCUGACCUAGGACAUGAGCCUUACAGAUUGUAAAAUAGAGAUCGUUGGAACUAAUGUACAGAAUUAAAUUUUUGAAACUUCAUUUGCUGUUAAAUUCUGUGAAGUCUCAGUUAUCUAAACUUACACAAGUAUGAAAUGUAAUGUUUCAGAUUGCAAGAUAAUAUGUAAUGUAGUGUUUGUAAAAUACUCUUGUCUAAUAUUAACUAGUGGUAUUUUGAUUUGUACAGUCAUAAUUUGUUAAAAUGAUUUCAUUUUAACAUCCACUGAUACAGAUUAAUAAUGAAGGUUCAGAUUUAAAGAUUGAUGGCAAAAUGGUGCAUGCAAUACUUUUACAAACGUUGGGAGUUUGGUAUGUUUUGAAAAGAGUAAUUUAACCUUUGGGUGUCAGAAAACUGGUUUUCCCAAAGCCUAUCGCCAGCAAUGGGCAGACCUGGAAAUACUGGCACAGAGAAUGAACUGGACACCUUACCAACAGUGAGGUGAAUAACUCUGAAUAA